AAAGCUAUAAAGGAAAAGGACAUACCAAUUGAAGGCCUGGAGUUCAUGGGCCCAAGCAAAGGAAAAACGGAAAACUCCUCCUGA